CCUUCAAAAUCCCGUAGAGCGAUUGGUCGACGUCUCCUGCAAAAGGCGGCCCUCGCCUUGAUUGGCAAGCCGGCAAGCCAAAGAGAGCGCCAGAGAGGCGUGCCCGGGGAGGGGCCACUUCGUGCGCGGUCUGUUGCCAGGGCGUCGGUUGUCCGGCAGCGGCCAAUCGGGGCGCGGGGUUCGCGGAGGGCGCCCGGAGCCGUUCCCCGCAGAAGCGCCGCUGCUCCGCCAGAGCGGCCUCCGCGCGCCUGGAAGGGAGACCGAGGCGUCGCCACGGAUGGUUCCCCGCUGACGAAGAAGCUGCCGCCGCCGCCGCCGCCGCUGCCCUCUCGGGAGCCGGAGCCCUGGGGGGCUGAGCCCCCGCGCUGCCGGACGGGGAAGCGACCAUGGCGGCGGCCGUCGCCACCAAGACGACCUGGAAGCUGCAGGAAAUCAUUGCCCACAGCAGCAAUGUUUCUUCCCUCGUCCUGGGCAAAAGUUCAGGCCGGCUCCUGGCAACAGGCGGAGAUGAUUGUCGAGUUAAUAUCUGGUCUGUUAACAAGCCCAACUGCAUAAUGAGUCUAACCGGUCACACAACGCCCGUGGAGAGUGUGAAGAUUAAUACAAACGAAGAGCUCAUUGUUGCAGGAUCUCAGUCAGGCUCCAUUCGGAUCUGGGACUUGGAAGCUGCCAAAAUCCUCCGCACAUUAAUGGGCCAUAAAGCAAAUAUUUGCAGCCUUGAUUUCCACCCUUAUGGAGGCUUUGUAGCUUCGGGGUCCAUGGACACCAACAUUAAGCUUUGGGAUGUAAGAAAAAAAAGUUGUGUCUUCAGGUACAAGGGCCACACAGGAGCCGUUCGGUGCCUCCGCUUCAGUCCGGAUGGGAAAUGGCUGGCAUCCUCCUCUGAUGACCACACAGUGAAGUUGUGGGACCUGGCUGCUGGAAAGAUCAUGUUUGAGUUCACGGGACACACGGGACCAGUCAACGUCAUUGAAUUCCACCCCAAUGAGUACCUGUUGGCCUCAGGGAGCUCCGACAGGACAGUCAGAUUCUGGGACUUGGAGAAGUUCCAGACAGUGAGCUGCAUUGAGGAAGAGGCCACACCUGUCAGGUGUGUGCUUUUCAACCCUGACGGCUGCUGCUUAUACGCCGGCAGCCAGGAUGCCCUGCGAGUGUAUGGCUGGGAGCCUGAGCGCUGCUUUGAAGUGGUCUUGGUGAACUGGGGCAAAGUGGCUGACCUGUCGAUCUGUAACAAUCAGUUGAUUGGCGUUUCUUUUACCCAAAGCACCGUCUCCUCCUAUGUCGUGGACCUCAGCAGAAUCACAAAAUGUGGGUCUGGGCUCCACGGGCUGCUCCGAGAUGACAAACCCCUGAGCCCGCCCCCAUCUCUGGGCUCCUCCCUACGACGGAUCUAUGAAAGGCCGACCACCACCUGCAGCAAGGCGCAGAGAGUGAAACACAACUCAGAGAGUGAGAGGCGCAGUCCGAGCAGUGAGGAUGACAAGGAAGAAAGGGAAUCCACCGCAGAGAUCCAGAACUUGGAGGAUUACAAAGAGAUAUUCCAGCCAAAGAACUCCAUCACACGGACUCCCCCCAGCAAGAGUGAGCCUUUUCCUGCUCCUCCAGAGGACGAGGCAGCACCUGCGAAGGAAGCCUUGCGGGCUGGCCAAGCAGCAGACGCCGCGUCCCCAUUGCCAGGCCAGGAGAAGACGGGGCCUGGUCAGAGGCAGCCCGUAGCUGCCUCAACCCCAAUAACGCGGGUGGAGCCCUCGGUGAUUCCAGCUGCCCGGAAUGAGCCUAUUGGGCUGAAGGCCUCUGACUUCCUGCCGGCCGUGAAGAACCAGGGCCUGGUGGAGAUUGCAGACGAGGAGGCCAUGUCCCAGAUCCGGAAGGGCCAUGAGACCAUGUGUGUGGUGCUGACCAGUCGCCAUAAGAAUCUGGACACUGUGAGAGCCGUGUGGAGCACAGGGGACAUCAAGACUUCAGUGGACUCUGCUGUGGCCAUCAAUGACCUCUCAGUGGUUGUGGACCUUCUGAACAUUGUAAACCAAAAACCAUCUCUCUGGAAACUGGAUCUGUGCACGGUGGUCUUGCCACAAAUAGAAAAGCUUCUGCAGAGCAAGUACGAAAGUUACGUUCAGACAGGCUGCGCGUCCCUGAAGCUAAUCCUCCAAAGGUUUCUUCCCCUGAUUACGGACAUCCUUGCCGCACCUCCGUCGGUGGGAGUGGACAUCUCCCGAGAGGAGAGGCUCCAGAAGUGCCACAUGUGCUACAAACAACUGAAAACCAUCAGCGCGUUCAUCAAGAACCGGUCUGGCCUCAGUGGCCGCCACGGCAGUGCCUUCCGGGAGCUGCACCUGCUGAUGGCCGUCCUCGAGUGACCGCUGUGGCCUGGCUGCAUUUGCCUUCUGCAUUUGCCCUGCAGCUCUGGAGAUGCUGCCAAGGGGUGGUCUUCUCGUGGCCUCCUGGGAGGCAGCCUCCUCUGCACCGCACCCAGUCCAGUGCCUUACAGACACCUUUCCAAGCAGACUUUCCUGCUGUGGCACCGCUGACCUCCCUGCACCAGGGUAGUUGCUGAGGACACAGGGCCCGAUCCCCUUCUGGCCAAAAGGCUUCCAUCGCCUCGCACCUCCCUCUCCCUGCCUGCCAACAAGGGUGGUAAACUCCUGACUUGCGUCCAGCUCCCCAGCCCUCUUGAAUUUGUGGGGGGACUGGCCUAGGGCUGCUGAUAUCCGUGACGCAGCUGCACCGGACCUGCAGAACCCGAGCCAGGUUUUUCUGGUAACAGAUGGAGCCGUUGCUGGUGGAAAUGGUCUCGGUACUGAGGAACAGAAUGGAUUUCCCUGCAUUGUUGGAGCCAGUUGGUCAUAUAAUUGUUAACUUAUGACAAAUUUUAUUAAAAAUUUGUAAAUGGUU